AGACGGUUGGAAACAUCCAUUACUGUACCUAGGUACACAGUACACCCGAACAAGAUUGACGCACUAAGCGACCAGCCCAACCCACGGUCAAUCGAUCACUUCAAAUAACCAACACCUUCAGAAUCCUCUCCACGCCAGAGAGCACCGACAGCGCAUAACGGAAUUGGCGCCUCUAUUGUUUGAGAUUUCGCCCGCGUCGCAACCCACGCGCCUCGACAGACCUUCCAGUCACUUCGGUUGUCGACAUUAUCGAGCUGCCACAAACCAACUCCCAUCCUUGCCCAGACCCGGCCAUCCAACUACCAGCAGCCGCCUGGCUUCCUCGACCUUUGCUGGCCCGUUUUCCCACCCUUGUGGUAACACAGCAACAUUGGGAAUCUCAAGUUCAUUCUUUAUCGUUCUUGAAGUAGUUAAAUGUCCCAAUGCCUUUCGGCAUAUUCGUCGGUACGGAGAAUACUCUCCAUGUUACUGGAUUUCCCCUCGAUCAAUCCCGUCACCCAGAGACAAAAACACCCCGAGCUUGUCUACUGUUUCUCCACAUACACCAUCCCGAACUCUACCCCUCAGAUAAUACAAUCCAUUGCGCGCAAACACUUCAUAACAUACUCUCCGUCCCGUUGGUCGAGAAGCAUGUUCCCAAGGGCCGGGUCUUAACUACCAUUGCUCAGUGCAACCGAAAUGAGUUGCCUGCUGACUCUACCGAGAUGGUGGCUUACGCCGAAGGGGGAAAGUUAGCGAUCGUUGCUCUUUAUGUUGUCUCGCCUGGUCAUCGAGCCAAAUUCUUGGAUCGAAUAAAUGUUCUCUCUGGGGACGAGAAGAGACAGUUAUUCUCGGUCCUAUCCACCACCCAACCAGACAAAUCUUUUAUCACAUUCCUCAACACCUAUGUUACUGAUGAUCUGGUGGAUAGCUAUAGAAUCCGAUCCAAGUGUCAUAUCCUCUCUGUCAAACGGAAGUCCCCUUAUAAGGACGGCGUUGAUCUGGUCAGGAGGGUGGAGAGAGGAGAGCGGGCCACUGAGAGCCCGGGAUCUGGUGGUGAUUCACGCGUCCAUUCCAAUUCCACACAAUCAGACCUCUCUGAUAUUUCCAACUUUUCCCUCGGUAACACUGCACCCAUGUUGCAGUCGCAGGCAGAACCAAGCAUGCCGACACAUGCGUUUGACACUAACAACACCGACCCACGAGCAUGUUCAGACGCCGAUAAUGACGCCAGAGGGACGGACUUGCGAGAAACAGGCAGGGAGUUCCAAGUUAUCAACGCCAGCCGCCGUGGAGACCCUCACCACGGCAACUCCAGCGAGAUUUUGGUUCAAGAUGCGUCGCCUCUCCACUGGCUUGCUGCUGUGGCUCAACAGGCGCAGGGUAGGAUCGAACAAUCAGAUCUGUGCGACAUAAACGGCCACGGAGAAUCGGGUGCCUAGAUGGACGAGACAGUUACCCAUGACAUCAACUCACGCGGACUUUCCCGUAUUAUCUGGCCCGGGGAACUAACCCCCUCAAAUUCCAUAGUAGCUUCCAGUUCAUUAGCAGGACUUAGUCUAAGGAUCCCAGGACCUGAUAGACCACCUAUAAAUUCAGGUCGGCUCGUUGCGCAUCUUUCGUUGACUAGCCCUACCUCACCUAACAUGGGGUACAUUAAUCCAACUUUCUUAGACAUCUCACACACCAAAUCUCCGUCGCAUCCCUAUAAGCUUGCUACUGCUACUGCUGCUUCGCCACAGACCGCAGACCGGCCUUCACGUUCAGUUAUAUAGUCGUCUAUAGGCACAGAGCAAUCUACUCUAUCUCCUAGCCCCAAUAAGGGCGACUCUCCGCCAGUUCGCGGCACUAAAGGGUUGUUUGGAUUAGAAAAGCCGACCCAACAACGAAAUCGCCCAUCAACGAAAUUGAC